AUGGACGACGAUCAACAGGUCAAGGCCAAUAAGGGCCCGAAGGCGUGUGCUACCUGUGCCAAAGCGAAGUCUCGUUGCAUCCCCGGUCCGAGAGAUGGCGUUUGCGAGAGAUGCGACCGCCUUGACAAGCCCUGUUCAGCACAAACCCCAGCGCCCCCUCGCAAGAGGAAGGCGCCUAAGCCAACCCGGGUCGCAGAGCUAGAGAAGAGGCUCGAGGACCUCAGCGCCCGCGUCGAGUCACGGCAGGUCCUGCCCCCGACGCCCUCCGAUGGCGGGUCCCCGGCAGCUCCGGCCGAGGGCGGCGCCCUGCCGCCGGCGAAGAAGCGGCGGACCUGGAUGUCCGACGCGUCGCAGCCUGCUUUUGGGUACAUCUUCGGCGGUGAUGUCAGCGAGAGCCAGGCCGAGGCCCGCGAGGACAGCAGCAUUGGGCACCGCUCGUCGCACAGUCCGGUGCUCUCGCAGAAGACGCUUGGUGUCGCGACACCGGUGCUUUGGGAUGAUCGGGACAAGACGUCCCGUUCCGCCUGCUCCCUUCACAGGAGUCAGAUCUGGACAGGGGGUCUGCCGCAAGUCCCAGAUGCCGCGGUAUCAUCUGAUACCCAAGGUGGUUCCAAACCAGGGCCGGAGUGGCCCAGAGGUGAGGAGGCCGAUCGUCUCCUGGCCGAGUAUAGAGAGCACAUGGAGCCUAUCUUCCCUUUCAUUGUCAUCCCAAGGCAUAUGAACUCAGAGCAGCUGCGCAAAGAGCGGCCGUACCUGUGGAAGGCUGCGAUAAUGCAAACCUUGUGCCUAGACGCGAGCCGUCAGAUCCCGCUGGGCAACGAGCUGCUCAGUGAUAUUGUCACGGCGUCUUUCCUUCAGCCGAAGAGGAGCUUUGAUCUCUUGCAGGGUUUGGAGAUUCUGGUCGCUUGGUUUCAUGUGAAGCUGCAAAGCUUCCAAAUAACGAACCUGCUCUACCUCAUGCGCUCCACGUGCGUAUCUCUGGGCUUCUCGGAGUCACGAGAGGCAAUGAACGACCAGGAGCACGAUUCGACGAGCCUGGAGCAGAAGCGGGCCUUUGCAGGGGUUUAUUAUCUGGUGACAAUGAUAUUCACCACGAACAAGAAGCCCGACGCCUUCAUGAACACGAGCUACCUGGAGUCGUGCUGCCGAGUCAUAGAAGAGAAGAUGGAGUACCCGACAGACGAACUGAUUGCGUACCUCAUCCGGACCCAGCAGCUCUCGCAGUCCAUCUCCAUGACACUGGCCUUCCGCAACAAUAGUCUGCCCCUAUCCAUGAUGAUCAAAAGCUUCCAAGAGCAGAUUGGACAGCUUCGAGCCUCGAUACCCGAGAGCGUCAAGGAACACGCCGCGAUCAAGACCCAGCUCCACAUAGCCGAGAUCCUCCUCUACGAAGUCGGCAUCCACGACGACCUCUCAGCAGCGCUUUCGACGACGGAGCGCCUCGAGCUGCUGUGGGAGUGCCUCAAGGCGACGCGGUCGAUGCUCGAGGCCCGCUUCGAGGUCCCAAUGGUGGACCGCCCGCGGCAGACGUGCCUCUCCUCGUUCGACUAUACGUACGCGAUACUCACGUCGCUGAGGCUGUCGACGCUCGCGCUGCCCGGGUGGGACCUGGCGCUCGUCCGGCGCGAGCUCGACGCGGGCAAACGGGGCGCGUGGCGGGCCGAGGACUACGACAAGGACAACAACAACAACAACAACAACAACAACAACAACAACAGAUGCGGUAUCCGCCGCGUGGCGUGGGACCUGCGCGCCACGCUGGAUCCGCUCGAGACGCUGUACAAGCGGCUCUUGGAGCUGCGCGUGCCGCUGCAGGCCGAGCUCCUCGCCGCGGUUGAGCGCGAGAGCGACUCAAGGGACGUGGCACCAGCAGCAGCAGCGGCACCCGAUGCGGCGGCGGAAGCCGGAACUGGCGAUGGCCAGCUCGUGGCCGCCGCCGCCGACCCGGCCGUGCUUGAUUUCACGCAGGACCCGGAGGGCCCGUUCUGGCAGGACAUGUACCGCGUCAACGAGUGGGAGACUAACCUCUCGUCGCUGUUCGGGUGGGGCCUGGACGACCAGGCCGGGCCGGUGCUCGCCGGCUCGAGGCUCGAGAACCCGGACGCCCUGGCGCAGCAGAUACCGAUGCCGCUGAGGUUGUAG